ACGAACUGACGAAUAAUAUUACGCUAUUUUGACAUUUGCGUGACAUUAAAUAAUGAGAUUAUUUUAAAAAUAAAGUUAUGUACCCAACCGACCUGAAGAAUGGAAUCAAGUUAAACCCUUUCGUCUCGAAUCACAACAUUAUGUUGAAAACUAUUCAGAACCUGUGCUACAAUAAAACGAACGUUGGGACAUUUAAUAUGACAUCGCCAUUUCUAGUCGACAACAUAUUGCAUCAGCAGAAAACUGUUAAUUUCCACAACCAAUUCAUCAACCAGCAGCUCGAGAACUACAUGCAACGUCAGAGCAUUUCCCGUGAAAAUACUCCAGACGUCGACGAGACGAAAACAGUUGAACACGAAGAUGAAAUGCGUACGGAUGAAAUCGAGAAAGUAGACGAUGAAGAUUCUAAAAGUGAUGAUUUUAAUACAAAAAACGAUGCCGUGUAUUACAAUCAUGAUCUGUAUCAGAGGAACGAAGACAGAUGUUCUGAUAAAGAAGUUUUAAAUAUACCGAAUCUCUCGCGUCGCUGUCACUGCGGUUCGUUCGACUGCCCGCCGUUCGCCUGUAAGAAAUCGGGUAUACGAAGAUUGGAAGAAUUGGAGAAGCGCUUCAACUUGCAUAGUUACCAAGAGACAUCUGGUUAUCAUGAAAAUUCUGGUGACGAAGGGGAAAAAGAGAAGUACACCACGGACGAUAUGGUUAGGAAUUGUGAAGAGUAUACUAAUGAACAAAAGAAACCUUUGCUUAAAUUUAGUGUUAGUGCCAUUUUGGGUGAAGAACGGGAAACGACUAAGAAUGUAAAUGUUGGUGAAUACCGCCAACCGGUCCUUGGGAAUCCUUGGCCCAUCGCGAAGCCCAUCGCCAGUCGGCCUAUACCUGUCCAGCAUCAUCUACAGCACCUGCUGGCCCAUUGUCAUCACCCCUAUUUAGUGAGGCCUGCGCAGGCGCAUACACAAGUGUUCCCAUUGCCCGGUGGGUUUCCCUGGGCGCAUAGUUCUAGAGGUAAACCAAGACGUGGAAUGAUGAGAAGGGCGGUAUUCUCGGACCUGCAAAGAAAGGGUCUGGAGAAACGGUUCCAGGUGCAGAAGUACAUCUCGAAGCCGGAUAGGAAGAAGCUGGCUGAGAAACUAGGACUUAAAGAUAGUCAGGUAAAAAUCUGGUUCCAAAACCGUCGCAUGAAGUGGCGCAACUCGAAAGAGCGGGAACUCCUCGCGUCAGGCGGAUCGAGGGAACAGACGUUACCCAACAAAAACAACCCGCACCCCGACCUAUCCGACGCUGAAGCAGACAAGCCCAAAAUGUCUCCAGUUUCGAACGAAGACGACGAAAUCAAAAACAAAAUGUACACUUCAACUUCGAACUGUCAAAAUGAUUUUCGCUACGACGACAAAAUGGCCGCGGGCGGUUUAUUUGCGCGGGAAAACGUUUUCACGAACAUGGAGGAGGACGACUACGAAAGCGACGCGAGCGCUUCCGACGAGGAGAUCAAUGUAACAUGACGUGUUUCAUCAU